GAAACACACAAAACCCAGUCAUUCUCUGCCUCUCUGUCUCUCACUCAAUGCAUUACACCUCACACGCAAUUCGGAUCUAGAUCAUGCUUCUGGUUCCGAAUCACGCGGUUCCAUGGAUACCCAGCUAAUCCUCCUCUUCAUAUCCUCUUGUAGCGUGUUCUUUCACGGGAUCUACAUCUCCAAAAUCACUCCUUCAUAAUUUUUAGGUGGCUUACACGAAUUCGUCAGUCAAAUUAAUUGAACCCAUGUCGAGGAGGCCAGGGAAUCCUGCUCGUCGAUAUGCUGACGGCGGUCUUUACUCGUCUAAGUCACGAUCCUCCCCGUUACUGUCCGUCGGGCUCAUUGUCCUUGGAGGAGUACUUGUUAUUCUUUAUCUGUCGAGAGGGUCAGGUGGGAUACGUAGCAAAGAGGCUCUUAGUCAAGUAGAAGGUGAUUUUUCAUGCACAUCAGAGGUUCAACGUGCAAUCCCAGUUUUGAAGGAGGCAUAUGGUGAUAGGAUGCGCAAAAUUUUGCAUGUUGGUCCUGAUACUUGCUCUGUGGUCUUUAAGUUGUUAGAUGAGAAGGAAAUUGAAGCUUGGGGUGUAGACCCAUAUGAUAUUGAGGAUGCUGAUAAUCACUGCAAAGCGCUGGUGCAAAGAGGCUUUGUGCGUGUGGCUGAUAUCAAGUUUCCUCUUCCCUAUAAGCCAAACUCUUUCUCUCAUAUAAUUGUGUCAGAUGCAUUGGAUUAUCUGUCACCAAAGUACCUUAACAAAACCCUCCCAGAUUUUGCGAGGGUAUCAUCUGAUGGUAUCAUAAUAUUUACAGGUUAUCCACGUCAGCAGAAAAAUAAAGUUGCAGAUGUGUCCAAAUUCGGUAGGGCGGCUAAAUUGAGGAGCUCAACGUGGUGGGAACGAUUUUUCGGUCAGACUAGCUUAGUAGAAAAUCAACAUGCUGCUAAGAAGUUCGAGGAAGUUGCAACAAAGAAUUCUUACACUCCAAAAUGUCAAAUUUUCCAUCUCACCAUUUCAAGGUUGAAAUGAAAAUUUUCUUCUCACAUUCCCUUUUUAGUCUACUUCAACUAUUAUUUUCCAUUUAUUAUAGUCAGCAUUAUACUUAUUUUGUAAUCUAACUACAAUUUUUCGCUUUGGGGGUUGAAUUGUUGCUUGUAAGUGAAGCAUAAACCAUUAUGGUUUUUGCUCAUAACAUAUACCACAGCAGCUAUGGCCUCCUUUAUUGCAUAAAAUGUAUGCAUUCUAUGCGAGUUUUGCCAUAUGUGGCUUGUUACUCUU